AUGAAGCCCUUCUCAAGUGCAGUGCUGGCUAAACGCACUUACCGUGAAGUCAAACUGCUGAAGCAUCUCCGCCACGAGAAUGUGAUUUCACUGUCUGAUAUUUUCAUUUCGCCAUCAGAAGACAUCUAUUUCGUCACUGAACUGCUAGGAACCGACCUGCACCAGCUCAUCACCUCACGUCCUCUGGAGAAAAAGUUCGUCAAGUACUUUUUGUACCAGAUUAUGCGUGCUCUCAAGUACGUGCACUCGGCAAACGUGGUCCACCGUGACUUGAAACCCUCUAACAUUCUAAUCAAUGAAAACUGCGACCUCAAGAUUUGCGAUUUCGGCCUUGCCCGUACUCAAGACCCGCAAAUGACCGGUUACGUUUCCACCCGCCACUACAGAGCCCCCGAAAUCAUGCUCUCGUGGCAAAAGUACGACACCGAAGUAGACAUCUGGUCUGCUGGCUGUAUUUUAGCUGAAAUGAUCCAAGGAAAGCCGCUUUUCCCUGGACAGGAUCAUAUACAUCAGUUCUCCAUCAUCACAGAGCUUUUGGGAACUCCUCCGGACGAGGUAAUUAAUACUAUUGGCUCUGAAAAUACCUUGAGAUUCGUGCGCUCACUGCCCAAACGUGAGCGUCAGCCUCUUGUUUCUAAAUUCGUCGAUUCCGAAAGUGAGGUCGUCGAUCUCAUGGAACAUAUGCUGGUGUUUGAUCCUCGCCAGCGUAUCACCGCCGCUGAAUCCCUGGUCCACCCAUACUUGCUACCAUAUCAUGAACCAGACGAUGAGCCGGUCGCUGAUGAACCUUUCGACUGGUCAUUCAACGGAGCCGACCUCCCCAUCGAAACCUGGAAGGUUAUGAUUUACUCUGAAAUUCUCGACUAUCAUCACGUGGUUCCCGUAGAAGAAGAAGCUGAAAUGGAGCCUCAAACGCAAACCUUCUCUCCAACUACACAGCAAUUUUAA